GCACAUUUUCGCUUUACGGCUUGACAACUGACCACCAUGCCUGAGCCGCCGGAUCCGCCCUAUGACGAGGACGUGGAUACGGAAGCUGCCAUGCGCGCGGCGAUGGGCUUCAGCUCGUUUUCCGAGCGACGACCCAAGAAUCAAUCCCACACAUCGCCCACGAAUGCCUCACCCACCAUGACAGACUCGAAGGAAAUGACGCAAGGGCUACAAGGUCUGCCGGAUUUAUCAGACUCGAACCCCCCGAGAGCAAUCGAUGGGACAAAGGUAUCUGCAGAUGAACCACAUCUGCCAACACCGCCCCAGCUCUCUUCCAGCUCGGCAUCUCUUUCAGCACAACCGGAGACGAGCUACGCAUUCACGUAUCCGCGAACAGGGGUCUCGUACACGUCGCAGGAGCUGGACGCGUGGUCCCGAGGCAAAACCAACGAGCGCGGCGACAAGGUCUUCUUCAAGCCCGGCUUCGUGUCUGACGAUCCUUGGUUCCGACUCCGCAAGACAGGCCAGGGCGGAGACGACCCCGGAGGCAGCGGGGAAAAGGGCAACAGGAGUUAAAGCCAAUUCGACAUGGGACGUCCUCUAUGUCGACAAAGUCUGACAGCGUUGAGUCUCUUCCUCUCCACACACUCGAACAGAUGUCGCGUAGCAGUCUUGUACGGAAUGGCGCUGUGGAAGGGGAGAGCCAUGAGUGAGAAUAUGGUCAGUGACCAGAGCACAGCACUACAGCGGUAAUCCACAUCUUACAUCUCUCUCUCUCUCUCUCUCUCUCUCCCUCUGUCUCUCUUAUCUUUCCAGAGUGCCAGUCUAUCCCAUAGAAUACACUUGAAUUUCG